AUGGACUCAUCCUUCAAAACUUGCAGAGCAGAAAAUCACACAGUUAUGACUUGGCUUCUUGGAUCUAUGGAGCAAAACAUCAAUCAAAAUUUCUUAUUCUACAACACAGCCCAGGACCUUUGGAAUGUUGUCAAAACCACUUAUUAUGAUAUUGAAAACACUACUAAGCAAUUCUCCUUAGAAGGUGCCCUUAUCGAUCUUAAACAAGGUAACCUUGAUGUCACUGAAUACUAUAAUAGAUUAUCAUGGUUUUGGCAGCAACUUGAUGCUUUUGACGAUCUCGAUUGGUUAAUCUCUACAAAACCUCUACCUCCUAUUACUGAAGUGUUUUCUGAGGUUCGCAGGGAGGAAAGUCGUCUAAAAGUCAUGUGUAAGGAUGACUAUAACCAGGUGCCCGAUGGUUCAGCCCUUAUGAUGCAUCAAUCGAGCUAUCCUCGAGGCAAUGGACGUGGACGUGGAAAACAGCCUUGGUGUGAUCAUUGCAAUAAGAUUGAACACACAAAAGAUACAUGUUGGGAAAUACAUGGCAAGCCUACCAACUGGAAACCCCCUCAAAAGGCUGCUAAUACAGUAGAACAAACUCUUUCUGCUAAGAGUUUUAAUAAGGAGCAGCUAGAUCAACUUCAACACCUCUUCUCUCAAUUCCAACGAAAUACUUCUGCCAAUAUUUCCCAUGCUUCCUCCUCCAAUGCUGCCCUUCAUUCUGCCAUUGCAAUGAAAGGUAUUGUUCAAACUCUUACUUCUGGCAGUACCAUUCCAUGCUCCUGGAUCAUCGAUUUCGGUGCCUCGGAUCACAUGACAUAA